GCUGACCACAAAACUAAACCUCAAAAGAUCUAUCGAAAUUAAAUUGAAUCGUAUCCGAGUUGACCUGGCAUCCAGAGCAGAUUUUUACAGACACAAUUUUAAAGAGUUUACAGAUCCCAGUUGCCCCUGUGGAUAUCAACAGCAAACUAAGUCUCAUUUACUCCUUGAUUGCCCUCUAUCGAAUGGAGCCAGAGAGGUUUUUACCCAAAACCUGAAGGAGCUGCCUAGUUUUAAUUAUAACAACUUUGCCACUUUAACAAAGGCUAGUAAAAUCAAGAUUAUGCUUUUUGGAGAUUGUAAACUCUCAGAUGAAUGUAACAAAGAAAUUACCAAUUUAUCAGCAAAUUUUAUUGACAAAAUCAUCUGAUACUUUAUAAAAAUUCAUGAUCGUAAGGACAAAGUUCAACCCAUCUUUCAUCAAUCAUUAUCAUUCAUUCCUUACAUUUCCCAUAAGGACUGUGUAACUCUUAUAAAAGACAGG